GUUCAAAAAAGCUCAUAACUUUUAUUUUUUAUUUUUUUAUCCUUACCGUUUUAUCUGCCGUGACGCCGCGGGGGAGGUUGUUCCGAGAGACUCUUACUGUGAAGCUGCAGAGCGGAAGUGUGUGUGUGUAUUUGAGGCUCGGCGGUCGCCCCGGUGCCCGCAGAACCCCGACCCGACCAUGAGCGCUCUCGUCCCGGCUGUGUGCGCACUGCUGCUCGGCCUGCUGGCCUCCGGCGCGCGGAUCCCGCCUCACGACCAGGUGGCCCGGGUCGCGCGCUUCGUCGCCCACAGGUGCGACUGGGCCUCCAUGGCGACCAUCUCCACGCACGAGCCGGUGGUGGGACAGCCCUUCUCCAACGUGUUCUCCAUCAGCGACGGGCCGGCCGGCUCCGGCUCCGGGGUGCCCUACCUGUACCUGACCCGCAUGGAGAUCUCCGUGCAGGACCUGCAGGUGCGUCCCGUGGCGUCUCUGUCCAUGUCUCUGGCUCAGACUGAUUACUGCCGGCAGCAGGGCUACGACCCCCAGAGCCCGCUGUGCGCCCACAUCAUCCUGUCUGGAUCUGUGCAGGAGGUGAACGGGACGGAGGCUGACUUUGCUAAGAAGUCUCUGUUCAGUCGACACCCUGAGAUGAUCGACUGGCCGUCCGACCAUAACUGGUUCUUCGCCAAGUUCAACAUCACGCAGGUGUGGGUGCUGGAUUAUUUUGGCGGUGUGAAGACGGUCACUCCGGAGGAAUAUUUCAGCGUCACGCCUCAUGGGAAGUCGCACCACGGCGCAGGGGGCGCUGCGACCUGCGACCACAUGACGGCCUAAGGGGGUGGAGUGGGAUUCAAACCGACAACCCGCCGCCAGAAGAGCCAAAUGUCCAAACGCCAGCAGAGCGGCACUGAUCAACAGGAGCCGAUCACUGAUUAUCAGAUAUUGAUCAAUCAGGGCUGAUAUUGAUUAUCAGGAUUGAUUAUCACUAACUUAGUGAUAAUAUUCAGUUGUAGUGAAAUUGAUAGUUGCAGUGAAAUAUUUACACAACACUAACCCUGCUUUGAAUCCAUAUGUUUUUAUUAACAUGUUAUAUUAGUACAAAAAAAAAGCAAAAAAAAAAAAAAAAAAAAAAAAAUCCUCUGAAUUUUUUUGUGGAAAAAAGACAAGAAAUCUUUGUUUGUGAU